UAGACGCUGUGAGGCGGUCCUGACCAAGAUUCUAAAAAAAGCUGUCAGUCAUUAGUUAGUUUUGUUGUAUUUUUUGUAAAACUAUUUGGGGAUAUUAAAUUCUGUCUAAAACUAUGGCUUCUUCGGAUGUUGCUCGGCAGCCGGAUAAAGGAGUCCGGCCCCUGUCCUUGGCAGGCCAUGUGGGGUUUGACAGCCUUCCAGAUCAGCUUGUCAACAAGUCCAUCUGCCAGGGCUUCUGCUUUAAUAUUCUCUGCAUUGGUGAGACCGGUAUCGGCAAGUCUACUCUGAUGGACACUCUAUUCAAUACCAACUUUGAGAACUUUGAGUCAUCCCACUUUGAGCCUCAGGUGAAGCUGCGGGCCCAGACCUAUGACCUGCAGGAGAGUAACGUCAGAUUACGCCUCACUGUGGUCAACACUGUGGGCUUCGGAGACCAAAUGAACAAACAAGAGAGCUAUCAGCCGGUGGUGGACUACAUUGACAGGCAAUUUGAGAGUUAUCUGCAGGAGGAGCUAAAAAUCAAGCGGUCUCUUCACAACUACCAUGACUCGCGAGUCCACGCCUGCCUUUACUUCAUCUCCCCCUCAGGUCAUUCACUCAAAUCUCUGGACCUGGUCACCAUGAAGAAACUAGACAGCAAGGUGAACAUCAUCCCAGUGAUUGCCAAAGCUGACACCAUCAGUAAGAGUGAGCUGCAUAAGUUCAAGAUCAAAAUCAUGAGUGAGCUGGUCAGCAACGGUGUCCAAAUCUACCAGUUCCCCCUGGAUGAUGAGACCGUGGCCAAAGUCAACACUACUAUGAACGGUCAUUUGCCAUUUGCUGUAGUCGGUAGCACAGAGGAAGUCUGCGUUGGCAAUAAGAUGGUUAAGGCUCGUCAGUAUCCCUGGGGUGUUGUACAAGUGGAGAAUGAGAAUCACUGCGACUUUGUGAAGCUGAGAGAGAUGCUGAUUUGUGUAAACAUGGAGGACCUGAGAGAGCAGACACACACUCGCCACUAUGAGCUGUACAGACGCUGCAAACUGGAGGAAAUGGGAUUCAAAGACACAGACCCAGAGUGCAAACCUGUCAGUUUGCAGCAGACUUAUGAGGCCAAGCGUCAGGAGUUCCUUGUGGAGCUGCAGAAGAGAGAGGAUGAAAUGAGGCAGAUGUUUGUGCAGAGGGUGAAGGAGAAGGAGGCCGAGCUGAAGGAGGCUGAGAGAGAGCUGCAGAGCCGUUUUGAGCAGCUGAAGCGCCUCCACGCAGAUGAGAAAGCUGCUUUGGAGGAAAAGAAGAGACUCCUGGACGAGGACCAGAGUUCCUUCAGUAAGAGACGAGCUGCUGCUCAGCUCCUGCAGGCCCAGAGUCUCACCGCCAACGGCAAAAAGGACAAGGACCGCAAGAAUUCUGGCUUUAUGUGAAGACUCUGAAGUACACUCCAUUAUGACCAGUAUAACCAGUGGCAUUCUGUCCACAUCUUUUCCAGCCCUUUGUGGCCAGUCUCAAACACUAACCAGGAAAACCCCACACAAACCAGCAGUGUGUGCAAGUGUGAGUUUGAUUAUGUGCCAAAGUUUAAUGACUGUACCCAAGAACCCUGUGUACACUUUCCUCAAUUGUAUUUUUAAUCUCCUUUGUGGGUUUUAUACCUCUUUGUGUAAUAUUUUAUAUUUAUCCUUUCAUUUUUAUAUAAAACAUUUAUUUUUCAUAUACCUCCCUUUUUUUGCUCAGACUGAGGAUACCUCAGUGGAUUGAUCCUCACCACCUCCACACUAGAAGCUGUACACAGACAUGGAUAGGUACCAAUAAUACAGUUAAUCAGUCACAUUUUAUGUCUGCCAAAUCUUUACUGUAUCAUGAGGGACUCCUCCUUUUAUAAUGAAGCAAACUAGUCUUGUGACCUUCCAAAUAAUCUGUACCAUACAGUAAAUUAUUAUACCGCCCCUUUCAGACAUGCAUUUCCUGGAGUAAGAUUGCCAGCAGUUUUACAUGUUUGUCUCAAAGUUUGAAUUCUGCAAAUGCCCAAGUCUCUUUCAAAAAAAGGUGCAAUGGCAAUCUGUCAGUGUAGAACUUGAAAUUUGCAUAACAUGUCCAAUGCAGCUCAAGUUGUAAUUAAAUGCAGAAUUCAUCUAAAAGAUAAAGAGGGUUACAUUCUUUUAUUUUUAAAUCCACAAAGAAAAUAAAUUCUGUUUAAUAAUCUACAAAUACUGUAAAUGAGAGAAGAGAUUACUGUCAUGUCAAAUAAGUAAUUUUAAGAUACGUUUUCAUUUUGUUUUUCUUUUCAUGACUUCACAAAAGGAGAACAAAAAAAACACAAUAAUCAUAAGUCCUCCUUUUCUGCUUUCAUCCAUACCAGCUACUUAUACCAUGAAAAUCCAGCAAGAUGCUUAGAUACAGCAUGUAAUUUCAACUAUAUUUAAAAAUAAUAAUAUAGGCAGCAGAAUAAUAAUUGAUAAAAUAAAUGAUAAAAAUUUAUCAGGGGAUCUACAGGGUUGGUUACAGUACUGAGAAGUGGGGCCAAGUAGGUCAUUAAUUAAGCUAUAGAGAUUAAUAUUCAACUUCACCUUACUAUUUUUCCUUUUAAUCGCUGUUCUCCAGCAGUGGUGCAACUGCACUGAGAAGGUAUAUAGUGUGUGCAUUGCAGCAUAUGCAGAAAUGUUUGAAAGGCCAAAUAUUCAAUUAAUUUAACAGACAUGUAGCUAAAUCCAGCAAUGUUAGAGAAUCCAUUUCUGCAAAGGGCUCAAGCGGUAUCUGAUAAUUUCUGAAGCUUGAUUUAGCGCAUUCUUCAGAGUUGUUAUAAUUAUGGUCACAGGGCAUUAUAAUUCCUUCUCCUUUUUUUUGUGUAUUAUGUUUUUUUUGGGGUGUAUUCUGAUUUUUGUUUUUGUCACACCUCCUUGAUGCUAUAAGCCUUCAAUAUGAAUGCACCAGCUUUACUAAAACCCUGCAGGAGUGACACUGAUACUCCUGUUGUUGAUUCACUUCUGAACGUUGAACUUCUCCCGUCCAAUCACAGGUUUCUAGGGGGGUGAAGCCAAGGCUUGAUUUUGGAUUAGGUACAUGUUACAGCAUAUAUUUAUAUAUCUUGUGUUUUACUUGCUCCCCUAUUUUUCCUGCUGACACAAACAGUCUGUCUGAAAAGAGCUGACAAACAUGUCAAGUCAGUGUUUGCUGAGGGAGUAAAGGAAGAGGAGGAGGAUGCAUUUGUGAUUAUAUUUUAAGCAAUUUUUUUUAUUCACUUCUCCCUGGUGUUUCACACCUCGUAGCCUUUUACAGUACAGAGUAAAUCAUGACACUGUGUUGCUGGUUUCCAGUACAAGUGUGAUAUCUGAACCAACAUUUACUCACAAAUGCUGCCACUUUAUAUUCACACUAGAGCUUAAGAUGUGUUAGUGCCUUACCUGUGUGAAGUUUAUACACUAUCCACUUGGACAUCCAGGGAAACACACCGAUGCCUAAUGGACUAAAGCCUGUCUGAGACCCAUUUGUACUACACUUGUAUUUAAGGAAUAAACAGUGUUAUUUGGGAGCUUUUUUCCUUCUUUCUAAAUAAAUCUUUGUAUUUUUGUCAUGAUA